CAUUCCUCUCGCUCCCUCUCUCAUGCUCUCUCCAUCUUAGCGCUCAUCCGCCGCUGCCAGCGCUUCUCUCGCGCUCUCUCUCUCUCUCUCUCUCACCCCCCUUUUACCUCUCUCUCUCGCUCCCUCUCUCUCUCUCUCCCACUCCUCGCUCUCUCUCUCUCUCUCUCAUAUACGCACUGACACACACAACCACACACACAUACAGACAGAGACACACACUCUCUUACACACAAACUCACACACACACAAUCAGAAGCAUACCUGUGCAGGCUGGGGGGAGUAGUGCUGGAGGGGCUUUUCACCGUUCUCUCUGAGGGCGCUGUGCUGUCAUUUUGGGAGAGAAGCGGGUCUCAAUUGUUUCCUAUUUCCUCUUCCUCUUCUCAUUCCUGGAAUGCUAAAACUGGACUGAUGGACAUUUCAGAACUUUGUCUGCCAGACCCUCUCAGCUAUCAUAACCAGUAGGGCUUCGUUGUCCAAUUCAUUAGGGCGAUUACUCAGUCCACUGGCCACACUGGAGCCUUCUCAUUUCUGGCUGCUGAAUAGAAUGGCUGCCGAUGACCGGCACCUGCCCUCCAGCUGCGGGUCCUACAUCAAGACAGAGCCGUCCAGCCCCUCCUCAGUCAUCGACACGGUCAGCCACCACAGCCCCAGCGGCAACUCGGACGCCAGCGGCGGCUAUGUCAGCGCCAUGAACAGCCACUCCAACGGCCUGGACUCUCCGCCCAUGUUCACGCCCGGCGGGCUGGGCCCCGGUGCCUGCCGCAAGCGCUACGACGACUGCUCUAGCAACAUCAUGGAGGACUCGCCCAUUAAGUGCGAAUACAUGUUGAACUCCAUCCCCAAGAGGCUGUGCCUGGUCUGUGGAGAUAUAGCCUCUGGGUAUCACUACGGCGUGGCCUCAUGUGAGGCCUGCAAAGCCUUCUUUAAAAGGACAAUACAAGGCAACAUAGAAUACAGCUGUCCCGCCACAAACGAGUGUGAGAUCACAAAACGGAGACGCAAGUCAUGUCAAGCCUGCCGCUUUAUGAAGUGUCUCAAAGUGGGGAUGCUCAAGGAAGGUGUGCGUCUGGACCGUGUGCGAGGGGGAAGACAGAAGUACAAGAGGAGGAUGGAUGCAGAGAGCACAGCAUACCUGGGCCUCACCCUCCCCCCUCCUGCCAAAAAACCUCUCACAAAGAUAGUGUCCCACCUUCUGGUGGCCGAGCCAGAGAAGAUCUACGCCAUGCCUGACCCCACCAUGCCUGAGAGUGACAUCAAGGCCCUGACCACGCUGUGUGACCUGGCUGACCGGGAGCUGGUGGUCAUCAUUGGCUGGGCCAAGCAUAUCCCAGGCUUCUCCACACUGUCCCUGGCAGACCAGAUGAGCCUACUGCAGAGCGCCUGGAUGGAGAUCCUGAUCCUGAGCAUCGUGUUCCGCUCGCUGCCCUACGAGGACGAGCUGGUGUAUGCAGAGGACUACAUCAUGGACGAGGAACACUCACGGCUCACGGGCCUGCUCGACCUCUACGUGUCCAUCCUGCAGCUCGUUCGCAAGUACAAGAAGCUGAAGGUGGAGAAGGAGGAGUUUGUUACCCUCAAGGCCAUCGCUCUCGCCAACUCAGGUGACCUAAACUGGGACAUGCUUAAACCACCUGACCAAGUCCUAAAGCAAUGGGACCCCCUAAAUCUUUCUCAGAUUAUUACCAAUCCCACAAGACUCCAUGCAUAUAGAGGACGUGGAGGCGGUGCAGAAGCUCCAGGAUGCGCUCCACGAGGCUCUUCAGGACUACGAAAGCAGCCAACACCAGGAGGACCCCCGGCGGGCAGGCAAGCUGCUCAUGACCCUGCCCCUGCUGCGCCAGACCGCCACCAAGGCUGUGCAGCACUUUUACAGCAUCAAAGUGCAGGGCAAGGUGCCCAUGCACAAACUCUUCCUGGAGAUGCUGGAGGCCAAGGUCUGAUGGAGGAGCAGGUGCCCCCUGUGAAGGCGAUGGGGACAGAGAGACAUGGGCAGAAGGGACUCAGGACAGGAGAGGGACACCCUGCUGACUGAGACAGGAGACAGACUGACCUCUCUUGUUCUCCACCCCCUCGGACCCCAGACAUUAAAAAAAUUAAAAUAAAGAAGAACAAAUGCAAAACUUGGUUAUAAGUAUAAAUAUAAAAUGAUGCAGAUUAAUUUAAAAUAUAUAAGAAAUACUAUGUACAGUAAUAAUUUUGUUUUGUUUAUGGUCUGUGGUCAUACUGUAUGUGAAGGAUCUCCCCCUCUCUAUAUCUUCAGAAGGAAUCAUUGCGGGCUCUUGAUUAACAUGGUUUCUAGUCAGAACCUCAAGACAUCUCCAAAUGUGUUCUGGUGACAACACACAUGACAACCACUAUGAACAGACUCACUUGUCCAACAGUUAUUUCACCUCCUGGACUUGACCAGGACAUGUAUAUAUUUAUUAAUAAUGGAAAACUGAGUGUACAGUUAAGUCUGGUGAACCCGAUGGCCAUUUUCUCUUGUUCUCCUUCUUGGGGAAAAAAAAAGAAAGAAAGAAAGAAAGAAUAAAAACGGUUACCUAAAUGUGAGCUCUAUUGAUCUAAAUGCCCUUGAAUAUACCUCUUCAGAGCAGUGAGCCGUGUGGUAUGGAUCUGUCUCAGACAGGAAGAAGACAAACUGGUCACAUGACAUGUUUAACCAAACUAGCGUAGGCAGGUAGUCAGUCGUCUUAUUCUGUAGUAACUCAGCAAUAAAGGGAGCCGUGCCGUGGCCAAGCCAUGUUAAACCUCCACUACCCUCUCCUUCACAAUGCUGCUGUCUGUCUGUCUGUCUGUUACUAGAAGACCCAUAUGUGUGAGUGUGUGUCCCGGCAAUGUAGAUGUUUCUCCUCUGCAGAUGUUGUUGUCAAUGGUGCUCUAUCUCAAACCCCACAUUUGGUCAUUGUUCAAGCCGAUGGAAAUUGCCUCUUGGCAACUGAGCGAAUGACCUGAUUUGGGCAGGGUGAAAGAUGAUGAGUGGGUUUGGGGCGGAGGUAUCAAAGGAUUUAUGCUGAGUGGCAGAAGUCCAGGAGAUUCCAUGUUCAAACAAUCAGAAGCCCAUAUGUCAAACACUCUAUUUAGGGUCCUUUAAGCCCAUGGCAGAAUCCUCCCACACAAGGUACCCAGCAUCUGCUAUCACCAUUUUAGAAGCUGCCGGUCUUUUUAUAGCUGGGGCUGCCUUUAUGGAGCUCCAUCCAAACGGAGGUGAAUGGCAGGUGCAAUGUAGUGAUGUGUUGGUAGCUAGAGCUUCACACUGACUGGGGGUAUUUUUAACCCAGAAGGAGGUUAUUGCUGUAGCUGUCUGCCUGCUCUCUGCUGUGCUGCUCUGCCUCCCUCCAGGAGUACAGUAGACACGUGGAGCGCUGCUUGACUCCAUGUUCACACAGUAGCUGUGGUCUAACACCUCCCAAUAGGCCAGGAGACAGACAGGCAUUCUUAAAGAUGGCAAUUCACCCCCCGAAGGUGCUCCUCUUGUGAGAAGCCAUGCAGACAACAAAGUGUCAGCACGUUUCAAAGGGUAGCACCAGUCCCACAGUGUGUCUAUACAAGGUGUGAUCUCUGGUGGGAAAGUGAGUAGAGGGGCUCCAUUCUCCCUGUGUGUAGGCAGGUCGUCCUCCGUGGUGCAUGCUGGGACCUGUAGUUCAGUACUGUAGACCCAUGCUGCUCUUUGUUCUCAAAGGGAGAGAAUGUGGUGGGAGGUGGAUGAUUAUAGUGCUGACGUGAUUUAUGUGAAGUGAUAAAUUGUGGCACUGUCACAAUAUGAUACUGUGAUCAAAUGAAUCCCUGACAUUGCAGAUGGGAUGGUCGCCACUCUGCUUGUAAUAUCAUUGGCCAGUGUUAAUCCAGCAGCACCCUCUUUUACUGCAGCCUGAUUGGCCACUUAAUGGAGGUUGACUACACACCCCAGCACCUAAUCAUCCAACUUGAACUAUCCGCUGGCUACUUAACAGGCUCCACUUUAGAGGGGGACAAUGUAACAUGAGUUAUUUUACUGUUGUGCAAUACAAGGACCAAUUCUGACUGAAACCAUGCUGAAAGCAUGCUUUUACUAAGAUUUGGGACAAUUUGAUUAACAUUUCAAUAUUACUCAAAAUACCUCUAAUCAAAAAUAAAUAUCACAACUAUAUUUUCUUUGCUCGGCUGUAAAAUACAAGUGUUUUAAUGGACAAGUACAGAUUACACACAUCAAACAGUUUAGCCUAAGAACUUUUUGCAAUGACGCAAAAUUCACACCCAACACGAUGCAACGUAAACUCCAGGCACUUCCUCUCAAUGCUUCACGUCUUACAUUCAAACCCUGGUCCUAUAUAAUGUGUAUAUAUCUGAAUGUCAAUAGUUACUGGACAGUAGCCUAUACAGUAGGUUUGCAGAGUUACAACAGUUAAAUAUAAAGUCAAGUAUGCAGCGUCCUGCUGACUACUACCUCAUCACUAUUGUCGAUACGUUUGAUUUCAAGACUUACUCUUCAUCAUCAUCAUCAUCAAGACUGUAUUGAAACAUACCUGAGCCGUCCAUGUUUCUAUCAAAGAUUUAUUGUCUAGAAAUGCUCCUGCCAAGAUAUUUGUAAUUGUAGUCACCAGUUGUCUCUUACCAUCUAUAUAUCUGUUUGUAAAGGUACAGCAUGCUUAACGUUGACCUCAUGAGUUGGCCAUCAGUGGGUGUGACACCCAUUUUGGUUAUGAAGCGGGUACAUGUUUUUAUUAACAUCAGUGUGUCAGAAUUGGUCCCUUGAUGAUAAAAUUGCAGUAAGGAACAGGUACUUUAAAUGAUUUCCUGCUCCUACAUAUAAAUAUUUAUGGUGUGAAUUAUAUCAUUUGGCAACAGUGUACAUUGAUAUCUCAGAUUGUUAAAUCAUCAAUAUCUGUGUAACUUUUAUGUUUUGAUUUCCUAAAAGGAACAAAUAAUUAAAUAACUCCCAGAA